UUCGCGUGUACACAGUUGUUGAAGCAGCAGCCAGCAGAGCCAUCGGAAGAGAGCGGAAAAAUGUAAUGCGAAAAAUGGCUGAAUCGAAAAGAUCAACAACAACGUCGUCUUCAUCGAGCAGCAGUAAAUCGCGAAAGUCCCGGAAUGAUCUGAUCCGCAGUGUCGUGGGAAGCUACCUGAAGCAACGCAAUUACGGGGUUAACGACCGCUUUCGGAGAUCGGAUCUGAUUCUAACGCAAUCGACCGACCAAAUCGUCAUGAACACUGCCAUUAAGAACGAGAUAUCCAAAGCGAACAGCUUUCUGUUCUCGAACAUUUUCUGCCUGAAUAAUAAUCCGGCCCAGGUGGAUCAGCAUUUUGCCAAACUCUGCAACUUCAUCAAAUGCCAGCCGGUGCCGGUCCGGCAGGAGCUAUCGGAGCUGGUGAAUCCACUACUCUGCCAUCUGUAUAUUGAGAUGUUAAAAGGACGUGACUGGCGUCCGGCGAUCGAUUUCCUACGGAAACAUGCUCCGAUGCUGGGUAGAAUUGAACCAUCCAUCGCUCCCCCGAGUAGUUCACCAUUGAUAAUGAAUCAAAAAAUCAACGGAACAGUCGAGGAUCAGCAAGCCACCGGUAUACCCGUUUCGACCGUACAGAAUUCAGCUAUCGUCUUUUCCCCGGCACAGGAUACAACCCCACCGAAGCUGGAAACGUUCAAACAGCUUGUCGGCAAACUGUCGCAAAUUACCCGCAUCCAGGAUCUGGAGAAUGAACCACUAACAUUGCAAUUUCGCUCCUGUCAGUACGAAAUACGUCUUUGUGGUGCUUCCGUAGCUGCUCUUCGCAGAUAUCUGGCUAAAUAUGGACACUCACUGAUCCUUCAGAUACUUCGAAACUGGUUCUACUUCGAGACAAGCGACGAUAAGGACUUUAACGAUUACAGUCCGGAUCAGGCUCCACCAAGGCAGGGAAAGAAGCCCCGUUUGGCCAUAUCCAAUGGGUUGGAGCUGAUCAACGGAGACGCUCCGAUAGAUGCGGAACAGACUGGACCGGAGUACGAUUUUUCCGAGCAUUCGGAUGAGGAAAAUGUUAAGUUUUUGCUGCGCAAUGGUUUCAGCAGUACUUUUUUGCGAUACAAAAUACGUCAGUUGAACGGUAGUUUGGACGGCGGUGGUGGAGGAGGAGUAGAGGGUCGUGGUCACUCGGACCUUUCGACGGUGGAUAUGGACGACGACGACGAUGAAGAUGAUACGACCGGUUAUAUGCCACCGCUGGAGGAGAUUCCCGUUAAAUCGGAGGUAUACCAGGAUGGUACCGAGCAGCAGUUCCAGGACGACAUGUCGGGACUGUUUCGAAAGAUUACUUCAGCCGAACGGUUGCGAAAACUGCGAGAAUGUACGGAAAGGUUAAACCAAUACCAGGUUCCACUUUGCAUUUACCAGGUGGAGAAUGUGGACGACCGGUUGACGUCGGUAGCAAUCGACGGAGACAGCUGUCAUCUGGCCAGUGGCUUCGAGGAUUCUUCCAUUAUGCUGUGGUCGGUCAGUCGCAGCACGCAGAUGGGUCGGAAACCGUACGCUACGUUGCGGGAUCGUCGGUGCAGCUGGAAUGUGACUUCCUGUGAUAGUAGAUUUAGUGAGGAAGAGGAGGAGGGAGAAGUAGAGCAGGAGGACAACCAUCGAGGAGAGUCCUCCGGAUUAGGCAAUUUGUUUCGUGACAAAUCGAGGGCGGAGAUUGACAGACAGAACAAGCUGCUUCCGGUUUACAGCAGGCACCAGAGUAAACGGGAGCGUUGGAAGCAAUUUAUGGAACGAAGAUGCUGCGAUAAUGUGUUCACGGAAACUGGCGGAGUUGCCCUGCGUGGUCACUCGAACGCCAUCACGGAUCUCCUUUUCUCCGGCCACGGUCCCCUGCUGAUGAGUGUUUCGCGAGAUCUCACGAUGCGGGCAUGGCAUGCGAGCGACUACAACUGCCGAGCAGUGUACCGAGGCCACAACCAUCCGAUCUGGUGCCUGGCGGAGAGUACCACAGGUCUAUAUCUGGCUACCGGUUCUCGCGAUACUACGGCACGACUCUGGUCAACUGAUCGGGAGUUUCCACUGCAAAUCUACGUGGGGCACACGCAGGACGUGGACACGGUAGCAUUUCAUCCCAAUGGAAACUACCUGGCGACUGGCUCGACGGAUCUAACCGUAAGACUUUGGUGCGUUACCAGCGGGAAGUUGUUUCGUAUAUUCACCGAUUGUCGGCAACCGAUCCAGCGAGUAUGCUUUAGUCCGGAUGGGAAGUAUUUGGCUGCGGCUGGCGAGGAAAAUCGCGUACGAAUCUUCGAUCUGGCCGCCGGUUCGCAACUAACAGAGUUACGAGAUCACACAUCGGCAGUAACUUGUGUUGCCUGGAGUCCGAACAGCCGACAUUUCGUGUCGGCCGGUGCCGAUGGAACAGUUCGAAUUUGGGAUGCCACCCGAAUGGUUUCAUCAACUUCAUCCUCCUCCUCCUCAUCCACUUCAACCUCAUCGUCGGCGGGCAGCUCUAACAGCAAUCAACAGAAUAUAAUCAACAGUCCUAAUAAUGCUGCUGCGGUUGGUAGUGGAGUCAGUAACAAUGGAAUUAACAGUAACAAUCAUACCAACCCAACUCAGAGGACCAGUUCCAGUGGAUCCUCGAAGUCAAGCAAUAAUCUUCUGUUGGCCUACUCAACCGGAUCCCGGCGGAUCUAUCGGUUGUACUACAAUCAGCUGAACGGAAGUUUAAGCUGUAUUGGUAGCAGCUAGAAUGGAACGAGCGAGCUUCCCAUUGGCGACAGUGUGUGUUAAGUAUUAUUUAUUACUUUUUGCUCCCGGAUAUUUCAUCCCUGUUAAUCCUGUUCCCGUUCUCCCCACUCGUAUACUCAAAACUGUUCCGUUGUUGAACCGUCGGAAAUUAGAUCGUUUUGCGUUUAGUUUAAAUUAAGUUUCCUAGAUGGAAUGAUAUAAAUAGCGAUGCGAUGCAGAGGCAAAAAUAAAUCUGCGUAAACGAA